CAAACUUUUUAUUUUUUUAUUUGCAAUGUUGAAUAUAUAAAUAAUAAUUAGAGAUGUUUAUCAACCAGAGGGGUAGUUUGAUUUACAUUAUUUCGAAACUAAUCUUUGUAGAGAAUUGAGCGGAGAAUUCCUUAUAUAAGAAGUAUUAAGCCCAUUGAAUAACUGUUUCAAAAAGUUGAACAAUCGAUAUUACAAAUACUGCCCCUUUGUUUUUAAACUCAUAUAAGUAUCUAAUUGGAAAAAGUUUGAGAGAGAUGAAACUAAUUUAUCUACUACUAACCUUAAUCCUACAUAUUGUUAUCGUUCAUUCUCAAAUCGGAAACGUUAUUAUUGAACAGGAUACUGUUUACGAUUCUGACGCUGAUCUUGAACAACUCAAUAUAGAUUUGGGGUAUCUCUAUUGUUAUGGUAUCACUUCAUUUAUUGUACUUAUAGAAUUUACUGUUGAAUAUUAUGCUGGUCUCUAUAUUGUUGCCCUGUCCACAUCCACUAAUCCUGCUGACGCAUUGAAUGUCAAUCUCAAUCAAGUUAAUAAUGGUGGGAUAGUAUCACUUAAUUCUGUUGAGGCUACUCUUUCACCUAUCUAUAAUUUUGUUGGUCCUGCUUAUGCUGCCGAUAGUGCUGAUAUUGGUCUGUUUGUAAACAGUGGUCAAUUAAUCGUGGCUUAUAAUGGUCAAUUCUCGCAUGGACAGUGUGAAUUUGGUAAUAUUGCAAAUACUGGUUUACUGAUAUUUUAUCAAUCAGUAAAUAAUGGUGAUGCACUAGUAGUUUUGGGGCAAAUUUCUAAUAGUGGACAAUUUUGCCUAUAUAAUAAAGUCUUCCAUCAAACAGGAAUUUUUGAAGGUAAUGGUUGCAUUACAAUUCAAGAAUCAACCUUCUAUAUCGACAACCCUGUGGCAAUCUCUCGGGAUCAAACCAUUUAUUUAAGUGGCUCGAAUUCUAGUAUUUUCGUUAAUGUGACUGUUGGAAGUAACAUAAUUCCAAUCAAUGGUUUUGGAGGUGGUAAUGUACUUGCUUUAACUACUAGUAUCCAACCUCUUAUAUUAUAUUACGGAAGUUCCUUAGUACUUUGCUCAGAGGACUUAAUAUGUCAAAUAUUUGAUAUUGGUCUCGGGUAUGAUCUUGAUUUAUUUGAGUUGCUGAUUAAUUCCACUAAUUGGGAAAAUAUUGCUCCCAAUGGUAUAAUUUAUACAGGUACAAUUCCAAGUCAAGAUGUUCCUGCUGGUUGUGUCUUGUGUUCUAGUAUACCCCCUCCAGGACCACCAGUUUCAUCAUCAUCAUCUUCUUCAUUAUCAAUCACUCACUCUAGCGCUUCUGCUGCAACGAUUUCUUCUGGAGAGCCAUCAACAGCAAAUUCGUCAUCGAGUACUUCGCAAUCCUUAAGCACUUCAAAGUCGACAAACUCCACUUCAGGUAGCAUUUCGCUGCUACCAUCUUCUACAGAGUCGUUAUCAUGGUCAUCAUCGUCUGAAAGUUCCUCAGAAUCUCCAAGCACAACCUCCAACAGUCUUUCAGGUAUAUCAUCCCAAUAUUUCACUUCGUCUUCAUCAACAUCAUCGUCUUCUAAAGAAUCUACAUUAUCUUCCAGUGCCAUCUCAUCCACUAUUUAUUCUGCUUCCGCAUCAUCCAGCACAUCACUAUCGUACAGUUCUUCGGGAUCAAUAAGCUCAGAAGAUUAUUUGUCAUCUUCCUCUUUGGAAGAAUCAUCAAAUAGUUCUUCAAGCACAUUAUUAACUGUAUCUUUUAGUACUCCAUCAAUCACAUUUUCGAGUGAAGGUGGAUCCAACGCACCUCCAAGCUCUGCAUCAAUAAAUUCUUCAAGCUCAAUUUCAGCUGUUAUAUCAUCAACGUCAUCUAGUACUGCUUUUACAUCACAGACUACCACAUCAAGUAUUUCCGAAUCUUCUGAAAUGUCAAAUGUUUCUCCCUCUGGCGUAUCGUUAUCUACUGAAGCAAUAUCAUCAAAUACAGAAUCGACAUCUGUAUUACCUUCAAAUACGUAUUCUUCUGGGUUCACUUCGUCCUCUACUAGUAUUGAAUCGGCCACUUUUAUAUCAACAAGUUCAUUGAUUCAAAGUACUUCUAGUAGUCCUAUAUUGUCUUCGUUCGGUUACUCUUUUCCCGUACUUUCUGUUUCCUCAUCUUCAGUCUCAUCAUUAGAGGGAUUAGCAAUAUCAUCAGCACCUUCAACUGUUGACUCAUACAUCAAUUCAACAGCAAGUUCGAUAUACUUUACAUCAUCCACUACUUCCUUAUCAUUUGCUUCUUCUUUGGAAUCGUUAUCAAGCAUUGGUUUAUUAACUUCUGAGGCAUCUAGUGAAACAUAUACAGAGUCAUCAAUUUCAUCUGUUCUCACAGCAGGUCUGGUUGUUUCUCCGACCACAUCUUAUUCUACUUCAUUAAUAAUUACUGAAUCAACAACCUCCUCCAUACUCACAUCACUGAGUAAAUCAUUAAGUACUUCAUUUUCUGUACAGUCGUCAUUAAGUAUUUCACUGGUAAUUUUAUCCUCAACUUCGUCAUAUGCUUCCAGUAUUGCUUCAAGCAUAACAACUACUGUGGGUUCUUCAAGUUCUAAUAAUUUCAGUCCUCCACUUGAAUCUUAUCCAUUUAUCUCAAGCAAAUCCUCUGUAAGUCAGUCAAUUUCAACCUCCAAGUCUACAUUGCCUUUUUCUAUCAUAUCACCAAAUUCCAAUACGUCAACUGGAAGCUCAUCUACAAAUACUGGAUCUUUACUAAGCUCAGGAGCAAUUUCAAUCUCAUCUACACACUCAAGCUCAAGUUCAACAUCCGGUAUGGCAAGUAUUACUACUUCUGUACCAACAGGUACUACGACUUUGGGAAGUGGGCCAACCACUAUAUACGGUGUGUUUGAUACUUCAAUGCCUCCAUUAUCAUAUGUGGAUCUCGAUUCAUAUUACACCGCCUCAAUCCCAAUGGCUCCGGCCUUUGAUGGAAUAUUCUCAUUCAAAUUCUCUGAUAAUGCUCAACCUGGUGACAUUGCUCAUCUUGGAUUACCAAAUGUGUAUGAUAUAUUUCAGGGUGAAGGUGGUAUAGCCAAGAGAGCAGAUGGAUCGUUAUCUUUGACUGUUGAUGAUAUUGAUUACGCUGAUUGUAUCGUCACCAUGGCUGGUUCUUCUGAUAAUGAAACAACAGUAGAUUGUACAGUCAACGAUAAUAUCUUUUCCAAUCCUGAAGUUAGUGGAUCCAUUACAUUACCCUUAGUAUUUAAUAUUGGUGGAUCUACUUCUCCUACCGAUAUUCAAGCUGCAAACGCUUUUGUGGCUGGCUAUCAACCAAUUAUCUUCAAUGACGGUCUUAACGAUAUUCUAACGUCAGCUAUAUUUGCUGCUGGCAGCCCAUCUCCAGGUGAUCCAACCGUCCUUGUAUAUGCUUCUAGACCUCAACCAUGGAACAACAUAGAAUCUUUCUAUGUGUUAGGUGGAAAUUGUACUUCCUCAACUGGAUCAGGUGAGAUCAGUAUUUCUGUGACUGAUGGUUCAAUCGAUUGUUCAUCAUGGUCUGCAGGUAUUACUAAUAGUCUUAAUGCAUGGUACUUCCCAACCACAUAUGAAACAUUAAGUAGUAUCACUGUUGCUUCUUGUGGCCCUUCAUUUCUCGUUCUAUCAUAUUAUGGUGUUCCAACUGGGUACAGAUUAUUUGUCAGUGUUGAUGCCGAGACAGAUGGUUCCAUCCAAGCUACCUUUAAUGAUGAUCAUUCAUGUGCAGCAUUAUCAACUGGUUCAUCUGUCAUUGUGGGUUCUACUAUUAGUGUGGGUCCAUCUUUUAACGUUAGUCCAACCAUUAGUGUGAGUCCAACAGUUAUCAUUAGUACAUAUACCACUUCAUCGGUAUUUAGUUCUACAGAGAUCAUCACACCUGUUAUUAAUGGAGUUAGUGAAACGUUGACUACUACUGUGCCAAUCACUUCUUUGGAAACUAUAACUACUGGUUUCACCGAACUUGUUCCCGUAACUACGGAGACUACAGGUACCGAAAUUAUCAGUAUCACUAAGAUAUACAUCACUACUGAAACUGUUACGGUUACUGUCACUAGUACUGAAAUUAUUCUGAUAACUACAUAUUAUGAACAACAAGAAACUACUACCAGUACUACAGGUACGACUGGUAUAAUUUCAACAACCUUCAUUGCAACAGCAGCCAUUACAACAACUCCUGCUACUGUGAAUGCUGUUGAAACUCAAAAUGUUGAACCAUCGAUUGAAGUUGUUAUUGAAACUAAAGCAGGUGGAACAAUCGUGGAAGUCACAACCGAAACGGGAGCUCCAAAUGUAAUUAUUGAAUUGAAAGUUUUUAUUGUAGGAGUUCCAGCUAAUCCUGAAAAUACUACCCCAGUUAACAAUGUAUAUACCACAAUAUGGGAUAUGACUCCGGAAGUUGCAUCCAUAUCUUCAUUAGCUGUUAGCCCGCUUGCUUCAAUAUCCUCAGAGGCUUGUACCAUUGAAGGCAGCGCUAAUCGAUCCCGAUAUUCAAUUACUUUGUUAUUUGCUUUAGUCUUGAUGUACAUAGUUUAAAUAAGUCGAUAUUAUAGUUCAAAAUCCUAUGGUGGUGCUACCUUCUCUAUUUUCGUACUUGCUAAAUGGUAGUCAGUAAAGGUCUUGAUAAUUCUGUCUCAUUAAAAUUUUUAUAUUCAGCAAAAUAAACUAGAUAUAUAAAUUUUAUUUUCUAUUUAAAUUGUAAUCUUAAUUCUAAUCUGGGUAAUAAAAACAAUUUCCGUUUUAUAUUAUUUUUAAAGGUAACAUUUGUCAUUUAUUAACACAACCACCCACUCACAAAUUAAUCAUUUUAAUCC